ACACCCUUUCUGUAGUACAUAGAGCAGUAUUUUCUCAGGAGACAAGUCGAAUCAAGACAAAACCCAUCAAUACAAGCAAUCUUAUCAACUCUCUAUUCCUUGUUUCUCUGACUAUUUUCUAGAAAAAUAAGCUGAACUGCUUUGUGAAAAGAAAAAAAAAAGACAAGAUCAAAACACACCCUUUUGGGUGAAGUUUUGUUCUGAUAGUAAAGAGCCUAAUAAUGGUGGGAAUAUUUUCAAGAUUUUCUGUCAGCAGAAAUGGGCAUCGUCGAGCUCAAAGUGCCCUUGGUGAAACAGAAGUGUUGCCUCCAAAUACAGAAACAACAGGUGCUGCUACGAUAGCUGGAGCUCCCUCUACCACACCUCAUGGUAUUGAAAUUGCAGUUGAGUUCAAACCAGUUGAACACCCGACUGAGCCUCUACACAAUGAUCGGCCAAUUCAAUGUCCAAUACCAGAACCCUCAAUACUGAAUGAUGGAAGAAUAUGGAAGGAGCGAGUGUCUGCAGUGAGAAGAAGGGCAGAUAUUCCAGUUAUGCAGGAAGGAACAACUGCAGAGCCUGAGGCUGGAACAAGACCUAGACCACCCAUGAAUCGUGUUAUUCUUCCAUCAAUCAGUGCGCCCGAACACAGUAUCCUCAAGCUAUUGGAGGAAUCUGGAAUUUAGCUGAUGCAUUGCUGAACCUGUGGCAGAGUACCUCUGUUAUACCAGAUAAACAUGAUGUUUCAUACUUUACUUCUUUGCAAGUUUCUCUCUUGCUUUAUAUGAAUGCUUGUAAUUUUAAUUUUUCUAGGAAACUUCACACAUUUGCAUGUAAAUAUUUUUUCAUACUGAUUCAAAAUUUAGCGUCCAAUUACUUGUUAUGGUUUUUGAUA